CGCGGGUUGAAGGCAGCGACCCCAAUAACGUGGUAUUUAGCCCUUGGAAUGCGAAUUUCAUCAGGGGAACAACGCCAAAAAAAAACGUCUAUUUUACCCCCCGCCCCCCAGGAACGCGAUUGGCCUAGUUUUGAGUAGCAAUUGUGCGGGUUUAGUUGUGAAAACCUGGCAACCCUGGUUCUAGACUCUCGCUCUCGCGCAGCUCUGGAAAGUUCGUCGAGUCGCUUCAGUUUCCAACGGCGCGCCGAUCGUUUUAUAAAUACCUCGCACAGCUCGUCCGUGGACUUAAAAACUACCAUUAACAAGCACGAACCGCAAAAAUAUUCGCCGUGGAUCACCGAAUCCAUUCCUAAUCGCGUUAUUAAUUCCAUUUAGCCCUGCAGCCGUCGAGUGAUUAAUCCAGUGAUUUAUGUGAAGGAAAGACCUCAGAAGACGGUCUGUGAGGAGAGUGCUUCUAAGUUAUUUUUGGGGCCGUUUCGAAGGAAAUAUCCAUUUUAAAUCAAAGAUGACUGCAGAAGAGGUGGUGAAUGAAGGCUGCAGCACCUCCAUCGAGGGUGAAGACAUCACCCCGAAGAAAGAUGGAGGUGUUUUAAAGAUGGUCAAGAAGGAGGGUACAGGCACCGAGUUGCCUAUGACCGGUGAUAAAGUAUUUGUACACUAUGUUGGAACACUGCUUGAUGGCACGCCGUUCGACUCCAGCCGUGAUCGAGGAGAGAAGUUCUCCUUUGAGCUGGGCAAAGGUCAGGUGAUCAAAGCAUGGGACAUCGGUGUGGCCACGAUGAAGAUUGGCGAGAUCUGCCAACUGAUUUGCAAACCUGAGUAUGCCUAUGGAGCUGCUGGCAGCCCACCCAAAAUCCCACCCAACGCUACCCUUGUGUUCCAGGUGGAGUUGUUUGAGUUUCACGGGGAGGACAUCACAGAUGAAGAAGAUGGUGGAAUUAUUCGCAGGAUCAUCACUAAGGGGGAGGGGUACACAAAGCCUAAUGAGGGUGCAUCUGUGGAAGUGUGGUUGGAGGGCUGUCAUGAGGACCGCGUUUUCGACGAGCGUGAGCUGAAGUUUGAGGUGGGAGAAGGAGAUAGUUUGGGUCUGCCUCCAGGUGUGGAGAAAGCCCUGCAGGCAAUGGAACAGGGAGAAGAGGCGCUCUUCACCAUCAAACCAAAGUAUGGCUUUGGAACUGCUGGCAGCAACAAAUUCGACAUUCCACCUAAUGCUACGCUGCAGUACAAAAUCAAAUUGAAAGCAUUUGAGAAGGCAAAAGAAUCCUGGGAGAUGAACACGACUGAGAAACUAGAACAGAGUGCCAUCGUCAAAGAGAAAGGAACUCAGUAUUUUAAGGAGGGGAAAUAUAAGCAGGCAGCCACGGAAUACAAACGCAUUGUGUCCUGGUUGGAGCACGAGUCUAGUAUGCAGCCGGACGAGGAAGAGAAAGCCAAAGCUCUGCGAUUGGCUGCUCAUCUCAACCUAGCUAUGUGCUACCUAAAGCUGCAUGAACCAAAUCCUGCCCUCGAGAACUGUGACAAGUGGAAUUCAUAA